GCCGUUUUCAAGUUAUCAAUUGUGUUUGGUACCUUGCCUUUUUUUUCUCAAAAGGAUUUGAAUAAGCAGACACGCAUGAUGUCAUUCGCUGGACCAGCAACUGUCGUCUGCUUGCUUGUCGUCUGCGGUCUGGUAGAGGCCCAGACACCGUGCUGUUGGUUUAACAAAUGGGAGGGGCAGAUUAGUCAGAAACUCGGGGUUUACGACCGUAUCGGCAACUAUGCCUCUGUGGCAGACAUCCAGUCGGUCCUGCAUGUGGACUACGACUUGAAGAAAGUGGUCAACGAGAUGGUGCUGACCAACGCCAGUGUGGUCUACACAAUGACCAUCUAUGAGGAUUUUAAUCAGAAAAUGACGUACACGGUGAUAGACGGCCAGUGUUUUAAAUCAAACUUGACGGCCGCGCUAGACAACAGCUGUGUGCCAGCGGGCGCCACCUAUAUGGGCACACAUGACUAUGUCGGGAUCAAAGCAGACACGUGGUUUCUGCCAUCGUCUGCUGGGCCAAGAACCUCAACCGUUAGGAUUACCGUGUCAAAGAACGAGUGCGUUCCCUUGCAUGAGGUUCUGUUAACCAUAGACAACACCUCUAGCAUGAGCAUCCUCAGCAUGCAGAACAUCACCGCAGGUAUAGCAGACGCGAGUAUCUUCAACAUUCCAGACAUCUGCACGAUGUCUAGCUCACAUGUUAGCGAGACACCUCGCAUGAGUGUGGUGGGGCUUCACGGACACCUUAGACAGAGAACCUUGUAAGAUCUGGUGACAGCUAUAUUUUUCUUUGGAACUACUCAUAAUGGCAUUUAGAGAUAAAUAUUUCGGUACAAUUUGAAUAAACAUGAAAAAAUUCAUUAAGUGCAUGUGUUAAUGGCAAAUUGUUUGCACAAAAAAAAUAACUAGCAGUGUAGCCUGUCAGUCUAUAUUGACUUAAACUUAAAUUAGACUUAUUAUGUAUCCCACAUAUAUAACAACUCUAAUACAAAUGAAAUUUAAAACUAAUAAAAUACCUUCUGACAACGUUACAACAGCACUAACCAACAUAGACCACAGUCAUUCUAUCAGCAAGAUCAGAUUGUCACCAAAACGUAUAAUCAUCUUUUUAGUUAUUAUUUAAAAAGUGAAACAAAGUUAAUUUAGUUAGACUAUUCAGGUUUUGAUUUGAUAAUCUGGCACUUAAGUGCUGAGUUUUCUGUAGUAGAAUACAUGUUUGUUGGGUUCACGUGACUAUGUGGGAAGCAAAUCAUAGAAAAAAAAUUGUGCCCAGAGCUUUAAGGGUUAAUGGGAUAGAAUGUCAGAAUUUUUUAAGUAGCUGGUGCUACAAUAAAUCUAUUUCAACAAAAGUAUAUUGAACACAUAGCUGUUGUCUGGAAGAUUUUUUUUAUUUUAUAAACAUGCACAUUGGUAAAGUUGUAUAAAGAUAAGCCAAUGUGUACACAUAACGGAUGAAAUGUAUUCAAAUAAAAAAGUUUUAACUGUA